GCCUGGCCAACUGGCAUUAACAUAACUAAUAAAGCAUCAACACGACUACAUUUCUUCACAAGAUUUCAGGGCAGUGCUAUGGCAACACUGUAGUCUGCUGGCUGGUUUGGCAGACAGCAAAAGAAGCAAAGAUGAAUGGAGUGGAGAGCAUUCACACAGACAGUAACUCUCUGCUCAAAGCAGUGUAUCUGGGCCGUCUCCGCCUGACACGCCUUCUCUUAGAGGGUGGGGCUUACAUAAAUGAGAGCAAUGAGCAUGGAGAGACACCCCUUAUGAUUGCCUGUAAAAGCAGGUACUCUGACACCCAGGGGGUUCCGAAGGCAAAGAUGGUGGGAUAUCUUCUGGAGAGCGGGGCUGAUCCAAACAUACAGGACAAAAGUGGAAAGACUGCUCUAAUGCAUGCCUGCCUAGAGCAAGCAGGACCUGAGGUGGUGUCCCUUCUCCUAGAUAGUGAGGCUGAUCCCUGUCUGGAGGACCACAUUGGCUCCUCUGCUCUGAUCCAUGCCAUUAGGUCCAGUGAUGAGGAAACACUGAAACUGCUAAUGGAUGCUUUCAAGGCCAGAGGUAAAGAGGUCAUCAUCAUCACCACAGACAGACUUGUCUGUGGAAAGCAGAUAGUCAAACAGAAUCUUAAAGUUCCUUUACGGCCAGAAGUAGACCAGUGUGAUAACUUGCAUUCCUCCUCAAUACCCUGCGCUUCUCCUUCUGAAAUUCACCUCAGCACAUCACCCCUAGAGAAACUUUCCUCCAGCCUCUCAGAGCACAAGUUCUCUUUCCAGGAUCUGCAGAACAUGGCCAAAUCCCAGACAACCCCUUCCUCUCACCAGCCACCUCUUGCACACAGAGGACUGAACAAGGAUCACCAUCUGCAUAGACUACACUCAGAACCAUGGCUAAAGAUACCUCAGUCUUUUUUAUCAGAACAACAAGCCAAAGGUAACUCUCAAAUGGAAGAACUGCCUGACAUAACACCCGAGGAAGAACUUGCUUUCAGUGUUGACAGACGACUGGCAUUUGACCCUCCUCGUUUGUGUCAGGUUAGCACUGACCUUAAAGAAGCAACUAAUUUGAGCAUGCCUCAGCAUCAAGAAAACAAAACAAGAAAUUCUGGAUUUUUAAAACCAGAAAGAGCACUGUCCCACAACAUGUCCUUUAAUGGCUUAUCUUCACAGUACUCUCUCUCCCACCCAGAUCUUCACUCCAAAAGCAGUGAAUUCUUACCAGCAGAGACUCACACAGAAAAGCUUCUCCCUAACCUGGCAGUGUCAAGUCUAAUCAACAUCAUCCAGCGUCGAAAGCUUGGAGUGGACCAUUACAGCUCUGAUUCACAGCUUUCAGUGUCGGGUAACUCCCUAGCAGGAGGUAAAAAACAGCUUGACAACAGGCAGUUACUGACUUCACAAUCGUCCACUUUGAUAGGCUCACAGGAAUCAACAGGGAGCACUUUACUGGAAAAUAUACACAAGCGACACCAAAGCUAUCUAGAGAGGAGGGGAUCCGGGGCUCUUCUCGCGGAUCUACCAAUUAACUCUCGACCAGGCUUUCUACCACCACUGAAUCAUCAUACCUCAAGCCCACAAAUGACCGGAGCAAGCAGCUCUAACAACAUCUGCCCCAGCAACAAGCCAACAUGUGAUUUGGUGACAGGCAUAAGGCAGUAUCUACCCUCAGCUCCUGCUGGCUUACCAAAGAAUCUCAAGACCAGAAGAAUGCUGAUGAGAAGGCACUCCAUGCAGCCUGAACAAAUUAAACAGCUAGGUAACCUUAAGGAGAUCUUUGGUUAAUGAU